CGCCCGUUUCACCCUAUGUUAGUCCAGACGGAUCGUACGCCGCCGCCGUCGCCGUCGCCGUCGCCCGUGAUCGCUCUUAGUCAAGAUUUCCAAGUGUCGUCGGUCAAGAUGAGUGGCAACGCCUUACAGAAGGCCAUUGAUCUGGUGACCAAGGCCACCGAAGAGGACAAGCUCAAGAACUACGGUGAGGCCUUGAAGUUGUACGAACACGCCGUGGAGUACUUUCUGCACGCCAUCAAGUAUGAGACCAAUAGCGAAAAGGCCAAGACGUCGAUUCGCGCCAAAUGCGUCCAAUAUCUGGAGCGGGCCGAGAAGCUCAAGGCCCAUUUGAACAAGGCCCAGAAGAAGCCCGUCAAAGAGGCGGGUGGGUCGAGUGGAGGGCGGAGUUCGAGCAGUAAUAAAGACAAGAAGGAGGGUUCCUCGUCCGACGAUGAGGAGGACCCCGAGAAGAAGAAGAUGAUGAGUAAGCUAGACGGGGCCAUUGUCAUGGAGAAGCCCAAUGUGCAGUGGUCGGAUGUGGCGGGCUUGGAUUUGGCCAAGGAGGCGCUCAAGGAGGCCGUCAUCCUACCCAUCAAAUUCCCGCAUCUGUUCCAAGGCAAGCGCACGCCCUGGAAAGGCAUUCUGUUGUACGGCCCGCCCGGAACGGGCAAAUCCUAUCUGGCCAAGGCCGUGGCCACCGAGGCCAACAACUCGACCUUCUUCUCGAUUUCCAGUUCGGACUUGAUCUCCAAGUGGCAGGGCGAGUCGGAAAAGAUGGUACGCAACCUCUUUGAAAAGGCCUACGAGAGUCGGCCUUCCAUCAUCUUCAUCGACGAGGUGGAUUCGCUCGUGUCCUCGCGCUCGGACGGGGAGAACGAUGCCACCAAGCGCGUUAAGACCGAGUUCCUGGUGCGCAUGCAGGGCGUGGGCAACAACACAGACGGCGUGCUCGUCUUAGGCGCCACCAACAUCCCUUGGGCCUUGGAUUCGGCCAUUCGGCGACGCUUCGAGAAACGGAUCUAUAUCGGGCUACCCGACGCUAUGGCCCGGGCUACCAUGUUCAAGAUUCAUUUGGGUGAUACCAAGACGGACUUGACCGAGGCUGAUUUCCGCCAAUUGGGUCAUCAGUCUGAGCGAUACUCGGGCGCGGAUAUUCAGAUCGUAGUGCGCGACGCUCUUAUGCAGCCCGUCAGAAAGGUCCAACAGGCCACGCAUUUCAAAAAAGUCAAGGCCCCAGAUCGGGACAACCCUCACAUAAUGCGUGAUGAUUACCUAAUCCCAUGUUCCCCGGGCAGCCCAGGAGCCAUGGAGCUGACGUGGAUGGAAAUUGAUGGCGACAAGUUGCUCGACCCACCCGUGUCCAUGAAAGACAUGCUGAGGUCCCUCCAGUCAUCCAAACCUUCAGUCAACGAUGACGAUAUUGAAAAAAUGACGAAAUUCACAUCAGACUUUGGUCAGGAAGGUUGAGGUUGAUGAAACACGACCAUACCCACCAACCACCGCCCAUGAUGUCCUUUAUAACAGGACGCAAUCCAUCCUGUCAGGUUAUUAAGCCCACGCCCCGUUCUUCAUGUAAAAUGUAAAAUAUUCUCUGGGGCUAAAAUUCCAUCGUUAUGAAAUGUGCGUCUUGAAGGGACUCUCCAAAGAAAGGCUGAAACAUCUUUCGCGACCGUUUUUGCCCUUAUGAUGUGGAAAGGCGUCAAACUUUUUCCAAAACUUAAUAUUGCGACCUUCAAACACGUUUCAUUCAAGUCCUGUAAUCACACCAAGCUACUAUUGGAUUUACGAUUUGGUACCAGACGUCUGUCGUUCAUAAUAUACUAGAUAAAAUAUAUAUACAUAAAAAAUCUA